AUGCCGUCGUCUUCAUCGUCCUCUUCAUCGAAAGAUAAGGACAAAGAAAAAGAAUCUAGCAAGACAAAAAAGACGGCCUCUGUCACAAAAUCAAAAUCGAAAGAUGAACCAGAUGGAAAAUCAACUGGAAAUGAUGAUAGUAAAGGGAAAGAAUCUGCAAUGGGUAAAACAUCAUCAACAACAUCUUCAAUUAGUAAUAGUUCAGCAAUAAAGUCAACAACACGUCCAACAAAUUCUCUUUCAUCAUCUCAACAACAAAAUGAAAUAAUAUCAACAGGAAAUAAUCUCAAUAGUGGUAGUUCAACUUUAACAUCAUCACAUCCACCACAAACAUCAUUAACGAAAGUUCAACCAAUGACUGGUGCACCUAAUAGACGUAACGAUAAUCGUCGUAAUUCUUCACGAUUUAAUAUUUCAAAAAAUCGUGAACUUGUUAAAUUACCAUUAAUGAAAGAUGCAUCUACUAAUGAACGUGAAUCAUUAUUUAUACAAAAAUUACAACAAUGUUGUACUGUAUUUGAUUUUCAACUUGAUCCAUUAUCAGAUCUUAAAUGGAAAGAAAUAAAACGUGCUGCAUUAAAUGAACUUAUUGAUUAUAUAGCAUCAAAUCGAGGUGUUAUUACUGAUUCAAUCUAUCCAGAAGCUGUACGAAUGUUUUCAAUUAAUCUUUUUCGAACAUUACCACCAGUAAGUAAUCCAACAGGUGCUGAUUAUGAUCCAGAAGAAGAUGAACCAAAUCUUGAAGUAGCAUGGCCACAUUUACAACUUGUCUAUGAUUUCUUUUUACGUUUUCUUGAAUCACCUGAUUUUCAACCAAAUGCAGCUAAACGAUAUAUUGAUCAAAAAUUUGUUCUCAAUUUACUUGAUUUAUUUGAUAGUGAAGAUCCACGUGAACGUGAUUAUUUAAAAACAAUUCUUCAUCGUAUUUAUGGAAAAUUUCUUGGUUUACGUGCUUAUAUACGAAAACAAAUCAAUAAUACAUUCUAUAAAUUUAUCUAUGAAACUGAACGACAUAAUGGUAUUGCUGAAUUACUUGAAAUUCUUGGAAGUAUUAUAAAUGGAUUUGCAUUACCAUUAAAAGAAGAACAUAAAGUAUUUUUAAUAAAAGUCUUAUUACCAUUGCAUAAAGUUAAAACACUCAGUGUUUAUCAUCCACAAUUAGCUUAUUGUAUUGUGCAAUUUCUUGAAAAAGAUCCAAGCUUAACGCAACCGGUGAUCAUGGGUUUACUUAAAUAUUGGCCAAAAACUCAUAGUCCAAAGGAGGUUAUGUUUCUUAAUGAAUUAGAAGAAAUUCUUGAUGUUAUGGAACCAGUUGAAUUUCAAAAAGUCAUGGUUCCUUUAUUUAAACAAUUAGCUAAAUGUGUAUCAAGUCCACAUUUUCAAGUUGCUGAAAGAGCACUUUAUUAUUGGAAUAAUGAAUAUAUAAUGAGCUUAUUAACUGAAAAUGCUGCUGUUAUUUUACCAAUUAUGUUUCCAGCUUUGUAUAAAAAUACAAAAACACAUUGGAAUAAAACAAUUCAUGGUUUGAUUUAUAAUGCAUUAAAAUUAUUUAUGGAAAUGAAUCAUAAAUUAUUUGAUGAAUGUUCACAAAAAUAUAAACUUGAAAAACAAAAAGAAAAAGAUAAAUUACGUGAUCGAGAUUCAGCAUGGACAAAAAUUGAAUCAAAAGCUAGACAAAAUCCAAAUUAUAAAGCAUUUGCCGCUAAUCAACCAGAACUUUAUCGACCUAUUGAUAAUGAUGAUGAUGAUGGUGGCGCAGCUAAUAUAACAGCAAAAGAAAUUGAACAAGAAGCUAAAGAGGCAAGUCGUACAAUGCAGAAAAACAAACCGAUGAUAAGACGCAAGAGUGAAUUGCCUCAUGAUUAUUCUACAUUGAAUGCGUUAGAAAGACACAAGCGACCGAAUGAAUUUUUAAGUUCUGCAAAUGAAGCAAAUUCCAAUGUUCAAUAA